AUUAGACCAUGGCCGGUGGUUCGUGAAGGCAGCGGUGUAACUGUUGCCGUGAUGCGGAUUAUGCGCUGCAAUGCCCUAAGUAGCAAGACUGACUUUUUCGUUUCACCUUUUGCAACUGGAAUGGAUUGGGCUCUUUUCCUUUUCUACCUCUUAACCGUCGGUUAUUACUCUACGCAGAUUAUUCUCCGGAGCAUGUGGUGCCUAGGUCAAUGUGAAUCCGGCAGCGCAUCUCGGCUCUUCGCAGUGCUGCUCGGACCAUGGAAAGGAAACAAAACGGUCUGGGGACAGCAGAUUGGCGUCUAUUCGUUGCAAAUCGCAAAUAGAGUUUCAAUGGUGUGUUGUACUCGUCUACUUCUGGAAAAUGAACAAAUGAUCUGCUGAGGAUCUCUCUUUUUUUUUUUUUUUUUUUUUUUUUUUUUUGGCGGAUGCCAACGCCUCCUGGCAUAGUCGGAUAUCACCGUCCACGAAAAGUAACUGUUGUCUCUUCAUCACAUCUUCUUUCCCAUUAAUUAUUCUUCUAUCCUUGACUGCAAUUCAUAAAAUGAGUCCGGCGUGCAUCUUCCUGGUCUCGACAUCCCACGACCUAUAACAGCAAUGAGUCUUCAUGUCACGGCGCUCUCUCCACUACUACGGCCUCGGGAUGCAUCCCAUCUCAGCAAAUACAACAUCGACCCCCUCCCAGACGUCCUGAAGGGGGGUCUGGUGGCCAUCAUCAUCGUCGCCGUCCUCUCCCUCAUCGCAACAGUUUCCCUUCCUUGCCUUCCUCACCUACCGCAUGGUCUUCUGGCGUACCAAUUACAUCCGAUAUAUCGGUUACAACCAGUACGUUGUGCUGAUUUACAACCUCCUCCUCGCCGAUAUGCUGCAGUCCCUCGCCUUUAUUCUGUCUGUGAAAUGGGUUGCGAAGAAGCAGAUCCUCGCGACGGCCCCGGCGUGUUAUGCGCAGGGUCUUCUGUUGCAGAUUGGUGACCCUGGUAGCGGGCUGUUCGUGUUCGCCAUCUCCGUGCAUACUUUUCUCCUGGUCUCGAUGAGACGCAAAUUGCCGUAUAGAGUCUUUGUCGCGAUCGUGGUUGGGUUGUGGGCGUUUAUAAUUUUGCUGGUUAUUCUGCCGCCGGCGCUUUUUGGGAGGGAUGCGUUCGUUCCCUCCGGUGCAUGGUGCUGGAUCAGCGAAGAACACGAGACAUGCCGCCUGUGGCUGCACUACAUCUGGAUCUUCAUAUCCGAAUUCGGCACCGUCUGUCUAUACGCCAUAGCCGUCUUCCAACUUCGUCAACAGAUCUCCAAAUCCGCCAUCCUCGGAUCCUCUCAAGCUCAGAAUCUACAACGUCUCCGCCGCGUGGUGGGCUACAUGGUCCUGUACCCGAUUGCAUACAUCGUGCUCUCCCUCCCCCUAGCCGCCGGCCGCAUGGCCAUCAUGAACGGCCGCACGCCCAGCCUGGCCUACUUCUGCGUGGCGGGCGCCGUAAUGACCAGCUCUGGUCUCGUCGACGUCUUCCUGUACACGCUGACUCGACGCAAUCUCCUCGUGGACUCCGAGUCGUCCGACUCGCAUAGCGACAACCGCUUCGCCGAUACCAAGUACGGUCACAACAUCGAUCUCAGCCAUCAGACGAUCAUCACCGCGGGGAGGAACGACGGCGCGCGUUCUUAUUUUCCCACCGGCAGCCGGUUGAGCGGCGGGGAUGCAAAUGCAAGCGCCCAUGCCAUUGCCCGUGACGGGUCGAUGGAUGCUAUUAUUGUCGGGUCCGGGCAGGAAGUCGUCGAGCUCGUUCCCCUCGGGAAGGUCUAUCAGCAGACUACUAUCGAGGUUACCUCGGAGCCGGCAUAUCCGUCUGACAGUAAUAGUAAUGCGGGUUCAUCGCUGAGGAGAGGAUCCUCAGGGUCUUCUUCCAAUGGACGCAGGCAUGGACGACGGUGGCCGGAGUGAGAUUAUAUUAGUGGCCACCUACUAGUACUUUCUCACGGUGUUCAGCCGGAUUUAAUUCUGAUGAGAAUCGAC